GCGCGCGUUGAUGACGCAAACACCACUGGGCCUGAUAGGAAAACAGGAGCUUUAUUUACUGCCCGCAGAGCAGCACAGCCAUGAACUGGAAUAAAGGUGGUCAAGGUGUGAAGCGCGGGUUUGGUUUUGGAGGUUUUUCCCUCGCAGGGAAGAAAGAGGAGCCUCGCCCUCCCCAGCAGUCAAAUACAACGUUUGGAGCUCCAGGAUCAAGUGGAGGAUACGGGAAGGGCCAGCAGCUUCCAUCAUUUUAUAAAAUAGGGACAAAAAGAUCUGCCUUUGAUGAGGAAAAUGCGUAUUUUGAAGAUGAUGAGGAGGAAUCCAGCAACGUGGAUCUUCCUUACAUUCCAGCUGAGAACUCCCCCACACGGCAGCAGAUGCAGUCAGGCGGAGGCUCAGAUAGUGACGAUGACCCUUUGGAUGCCUUCAUGGCCGAGGUUGAGGAUCAAGCAGCGAAAGACAUGAAGAAACUAGAAGAAAAGGAGAAAAAGUCAUCAAAGGGUAUUCGUGAUGACAUUGAAGAAGAAGAUGAACAAGAAGCCUAUUUUCGCUACAUGGCAGAGAAUCCGACAGCCGGGCUGACCCAAGAGGAAGAGGAGGAAAACAUUGACUAUGACAGUGAUGGAAAUCCAAUUCCCUCCACAACCAAGAAAAUUAUCAUGCCACUUCCUCCUAUUGACCACUCAGAGAUUGAUUAUCCACCUUUUGAGAAGAAUUUUUACAACGAGCACGAGGAGCUCAGCAGCCUGACUGGAGUUCAGAUGUUGGAGUUAAGGCAGAAACUGAACUUGCGAGUAUCUGGUGCUGCACCUCCUAAACCUUGCACCAGCUUUGCACACUUUGGUUUUGAUGAGCAGUUGAUGCAUCAGAUUCGAAAAUCUGAGUACACUCAGCCCACACCAAUUCAGUGUCAGGGUGUCCCUAUUGCUCUGUCCGGACGUGACAUGAUUGGCAUCGCAAAGACUGGCAGCGGUAAAACUGCAGCUUUCAUCUGGCCAAUGCUGGUUCACAUCAUGGACCAGAAGGAGCUGGAACCUGGAGAGGGACCUAUUGCAAUCAUCGUGUGUCCCACCAGAGAGCUUUGUCAGCAAAUCCAUGCAGAAUGUAAGCGUUUUGGGAAAGCCUACUCUCUGCGUUCUGUAGCUGUUUAUGGAGGAGGCAGUAUGUGGGAACAGGCCAAGGCUCUGCAGGAGGGAGCAGAGAUUGUGGUGUGCACACCAGGUCGUCUGAUUGACCAUGUUAAAAAGAAAGCUACAUCCUUGCAAAGAGUGACUUACUUGGUGUUUGAUGAGGCUGAUCGCAUGUUUGAUAUGGGCUUUGAAUAUCAAGUUAGAUCAAUUGCCAGCCAUGUUCGCCCUGACAGGCAGACUCUUCUGUUCAGUGCCACUUUUCGAAGGAAGAUCGAGAGGUUGGCAAGGGACAUUUUGGUAGAUCCCAUUCGUGUGGUGCAAGGUGACAUUGGAGAGGCCAAUGAGGAUGUCACUCAGGUGGUUGAGCUGCUGCCCAGCGGGUCAGAAAAAUGGUCGUGGCUGCUCCGGCGGUUGGUCGAGUUCACCUCCUCGGGCUCUGUCCUCAUUUUUGUCACCAAGAAGGCUAACAGUGAGGAACUGGCAACUAACCUGCAGCAGGAGGGCUACAGCCUGGGCCUCCUGCACGGAGACAUGGACCAAAGUGAGAGAAACAAGGUCAUCACCGAUUUCAAGAAGAAGAAUUUGCCUGUUCUGGUUGCCACCGAUGUAGCUGCUCGUGGUCUUGACAUCCCGUCCAUUCGCACUGUAGUAAACUACGAUGUGGCACGGGACAUCGACACACACACUCACAGGAUUGGCCGAACGGGUCGUGCUGGGGAGAAAGGCGUGGCCCACACCCUCCUCACCAACAAAGACACCUCUUUUGCUGGAGACCUGGUGCGAAACUUGGAGGGAGCCAAUCAGUCUGUUUCCAAAGAACUCAUGGAUUUAGCCAUGCAGAACCCCUGGUUCAGGAAGUCACGAUUUAAGGGUGGUAAAGGGAAGAAGCCGAACAUUGGAGGAGGAGGUCUCGGUUACAAAGAAAGACCAGGUCUGGGAUCUGACAGCUCCGAACGUAGCAGUAGCAGCUUGUUGUCAUCUAGCUAUGAAGGCUAUACCAAGCCAACAACCGGAGCGAUGGGGGAUCGCAUGUCUGCAUUGAAACAAGCCUUCCAGUCUCAGUAUAAAAGCCACUUUGUGGCUGCCACCAGCGGCCCUCCCAAGCUGAGCACCAAAUCUAACAGCUCCUCCGGCUGGACGAGUGCCGGCAGCCUGAACUCCGUGCCAACAGAGUCUGCCAAUGGCUCAGAACGGCCAAAUGUAGGCUCGUUUUCAAUGGCUGGUUUCACCAGUGCUGGCUCCCUGAGCUCAGUGCCCACCAGUCAAACCAGUUCACAGCAGAGCAGCCCGUCACCUGCGCCUCCCUCACAGAGAGACAGCUCACGGGACAAACACGGGGAGGGACGUCACGGAGACGGUCACCAUCGUCACAGCGACAGGAGUGAUCGGCACAGUGGGGGGGAUCACCACAGAGACCGGGAUCGCCAUGGAGACAGAGAUCGGGACCGCCACGGUGACCGGGAUCGCCAUAGCAGCCGCCACAGCGACAGUCGUAAUGGCAACGGAAGCAGAAGGAACAGUGAUGACCGGAGAAGCGAUAGGGAUGGGGGAGACAAGGGUAGCGACGAGGGGAGGGACAAAGGAGACGAUAGCUUUGCCGUUCCUGAGCCACCAAAACGUAGAAAAAGCCGAUGGGACAACUGAAAAGGAGAACAAAGUAUUUCAUUGAGUUAUCCACACAGCCACCUGAGUACUGCUCCAUUACAAGCUUGUCUGUUUAGGCAGAUAGUGGAACAUAUCAGAUGCUAACAGAAGCACAGAUCUGUAGGGGGAUUUUGCUCGUGUUAUAUGAACUAAAAGUGGAUUCACGGUGUCAUGUUGAACUUAACAACGCUUGUUCGGCACAGACAGCUCAUAGAGAGCCAGUGUAGAUACUUACCAUCAAACCUGAUAUUACUUUUAGUCAAGAAGUAAAGCUGUAAUAAAAUGUAACCGUUUAAAAAAAAAUCCCUGUUCUCAUUGAGCUUCUUUACAUGCUCUUGUUCUUGCCAAGAGCAUAAUUUAUUUUCCCAAGUGAGUUUGUAUGUUGACGUUUUAUUUACAGAACUUUUUCAGUUUUUAAGUCUGUUGCUGGUACAUAUACAUGUCAAAACAAUUGUGUACAGCUUGUGUUGUGUGUUGUAUUCAAGUUUUAGUGAAGUGCCUUUCCAUGGCAUGUAGUUUGUUUGCAGGUGUUCAAAAAACCUAUGAUUGAGAGAUAAU